AUGAAUCGUACGUUUUCUAUGCGAAAGAAGCUGAAGAAAUCUGAGAUAUCAACGCCAUCCAAUUUCGAGCAUCGAAUACAUGCUGGCUAUGAUGCUAGGACUGGAACGUACACAGGAUUACCAAAGCAAUGGCAAGCGUUGUUGGGUCCGCCACGGUCGUUGAACGGACGUCCGAGACCAAUUGUUGAUCCGUCGUGUAUUACUCCUGUUGAUAUAGCGGAAUUAAAAACUGUUAUUAGAGGGGCGGGUUCAAGAAGUACAGGCUUCUUUUCCAGCAUGAAUACUUCGUUUCAUUGUGUUACGGUAGCUAGGAGUAACAGUCUUCGCACGACGACAACUGCGUUACGACCACCUUCAGUGAAAUCACCGGUGAAAGUUCAUGGUUACCCUUUCAAUGAUCCAAACUAUGCUCCGCUUCCUUUGAAACUACCCACCGUUACAACAUUUGGCUCUUCUCCUCAUUCCAUUACUUCAGAUACUCAGAUUUCGCCUAAUUCAACAGUAACUUCAUCCAUAACAUCUCCUGAGAAGGCUUCAAACGAAGGUGUCGGUUAUGAUGAGUUUCGGGUCGCGUUAUCGUGUGUCGUUGAUCGAAGGGAUCCACAGACAGAUCUCACUAACUUCACAAUAGUCGGCGAAGGUUCAACUGGUAUCGUUUUUGCGGCUUAUAAGAAGUCGACUAGACAAACAGUUGCCGUGAAACGAAUGAAUCUACGAAAACAGCAGCGUCGAGAACUCCUGUUUAACGAAGUAUCGAUAAUGCGUGACUAUCAACAUGCAAAUAUUGUGCGCAUGUUCUCAUCUCAUCUUGUUGGUGAUGAAUUGUGGGUAGUCAUGGAGUAUAUGGAAGGUGGAUCCCUAACUGAUAUUGUUACACAAACAAGGAUGACUGAAGCGCAAAUCGCCACUGUCUCACAACAGGUAUUGAAAGGUCUGGAGUUUCUUCAUGCGCGACAAGUUAUUCAUAGGGAUAUUAAAAGUGAUUCUAUAUUGUUGAGACGUGAUGGGACAGUCAAGAUCUCUGACUUCGGCUUUUGCGGUCAUUUAUCGGACGAAUUUCCACGAAGACGUUCUUUAGUGGGUACACCGUACUGGACUGCUGCUGAGGUGAUUGCUCGACAACCGUAUGGUACUGCUGCUGAUAUCUGGUCAUUUGGUAUCAUGCUCAUUGAAAUGGUGGAAGGGGAACCACCACUCUUUAACGAAGAACUGUUUCAGGCAAUGAAAAUGAUUCGUGAUAACCCGCCGCCAAAGUUUAAUCCAACAGCCAAUGUAUCUCCUGAACUUGCACACAUGCUAAGUCGAUGUGUAGUGAAAGAUCCGACCCAGCGUGCUACAGCAAUCGAACUGCUCCGACAUCCAUUGUUACGCACUGUGCAGCAUCACAGCUGCAUUGCUCAUCUAAUUAAGAAUAAUCGAGACGGCAAAUAG